UCUUUAUAUUCAAUCUUUAUUCAUGAUUCACAUCGCAUUACAUUUUUCCGAAGAUUUAAAUUAAUAUACUGAUUACUUUAGUAUAAAUAAUUCGAUCGGGCAUUCUGUUGUAAAAGAAUAGUGGUGUUUCAUCACAACGCGCAAAAAGUGAGCAGCAGACAGUAAAAGGAAUUGUCGUGAUAUAUAACCUAUUGGAAAGCACAGCGAUGCCGCGUUGGGUUGAACAUUUGGAAUUGGCAUUCAGGAUUCGACGGUGAAGGUUCGGAUGACGCGCGCAAUGGCUGACGAAGUCGAACAAAAAUUGGAACGAGUGAAGGAACAGGCAGAGCGUGUACGGAAACUAAAAGCUGCUAAAGCGAACAACUCUCAGGAUUCAGGUAUCUUUUCGGACGUCGAAAAGCAAUUAGAAUGCAUAAACGAUGAUCUCGCGGAUGUAAGUUACGUGUGUGGUUGGACGCCGACCACAAAGGAUGCGGUUCUUUUCAAUUUUUGCACCACGUUCGUUGUCGACGAUCAACUGUCGAAAUGGACAUACUUGAAAAGAUGGUUCGUAAACGUGCAAAGCUUCGAUCAAGUCGAACGUGAUAAGUUCCCUGAGCCGAAAGGUCCAGUCUCCUCGUUGGCGAGAAACGUUGAUAGUCUAAUUAAUGUUUGCCCUUUCGACCGGAAUACGAUUGAUCAAAAGAUAGCAGAGGAGGUUGGUAAAUUGUUGGAAUUGAAGGCUCAAUUGGCGGAGAAGGAUGUCGCACCUUCCAAGUUUGUUCUUAAGACACCAAAGGGCACGAGGGACUAUAAUCCUGCACAAAUGGCAUUACGUCUUGGAGCAUUGGAUAAAAUAAUAGCCGUCUUCAAAAAGCAUGGCGGAGAGACAAUAGACACUCCCGUGUUCGAAUUAAAAGAAGUUUUGACUGGGAAGUAUGGAGAGGAUUCGAAACUGAUCUACGAUUUGAAAGAUCAGGGAGGCGAGAUCUUGGCACUUAGAUACGACUUGACCGUGCCCUUUGCUAGAUAUCUGGCAAUGGGGAAGAUCUCUUCUAUAAAAAGAUAUCACAUAGCGAAAGUCUAUCGAAGGGAUAAUCCGUCUACAACGAGAGGUAGAUACAGAGAAUUCUACCAGUGUGACUUCGACAUAGCUGGCCAGUAUGACCCUAUGCUACCAGACGCGGAGUGCAUUCGCAUCAUUUCCGAAGCGUUGCAAUCCCUGGAUGUGGGACCAUACCUGAUUAAAUUGAAUCACAGACUAUUGCUGGACGGUAUAUUCGCCGCUUGCGGUGUUCCGGCUGAGAAGUUCCGUGCCACGUGUUCCUCCAUCGAUAAACUCGACAAGAGUCCCUGGGUAGAAGUGAGAAAGGAGAUAAUCGAGGAAAAAGGGCUGGACGAAUCGAGCGCGGAUAAAAUUGGAACGUACGUUUCACGAUCCGGUGGAGUGGAACUUAUAUCCGAGUUAAGGAGCGACACGGAAUUGAUGAAGCACGACUCCGUGGUGAAAGGGCUCGAAGCUAUCGAAUUGCUGUUCAAGUAUUGCGAAAUAUUCCAAGUUACAGACAAAGUAAAGUUCGACCUUAGCCUCGCGAGAGGCCUGGACUAUUACACGGGCAUAAUUUUCGAGGCGAUAUUAACUGGGGACGAAGUCGGUGUUGGUAGCGUCGCUGGUGGCGGCCGGUAUGAUAAUUUGGUAGGGAUGUUCGAUAAUAAAAAGAAGACUGUUCCUUGCGUUGGUCUAUCUUUGGGAGUCGAACGCAUCUUCAGUGUUUUGGAGGCGAAACUCGUUCGCGAAGGUUUAAAAACGCGUACGAACGAAGUCGACGUAUUCGUGGCAGCGGCGCAGAAAAAUCUACACGAGGAAAGGAUGAAACUCUUAACGAUUCUUUGGAACGCUGGUUUGAGAGCCGAGCAUUCGUACAAAAAGAGUGCGAAAUUGCUGGCGCAAUUACAGCACUGCGAGGAGAGCGGGAUACCGUUGGCUAUAAUAAUUGGGGAGGGAGAAUUGGCAAGAGGAGAAGUGACGUUACGAGAGGUGGCGACUCGCACCGAAGUGACGGUCCCACGUGCGAAUCUAGUAGAAGCUAUACGAGAAAGAUUAUGGAAACAAUGAAAAUAAUUUUAAUUAAUUAAAACAAUACCAAACUGUGUGGAAUCUGCCAGAUCUCGUGUAAAACGCGAAGUUUACUUAUAUUUAUAUAGUACACAGCACUUUAUUUAGUUCUUAGAAGAAACACAGCCUUGCGUUCCUUUUUUAUAAAUUAAAUAAAAUAUAAUUUAUUGUAUCAAUCAAAUAAAACAUUUUCAGGAAUCAUACUGACAA